CAAUCAUACGUGUCACUCCACAACAGCACCACGCUGGAUAAUCUCUCAUGCCACCCAUAUGGCCACCUUAUGACACCUCUUUUUUAAAUUUUCCAUUGUCAUUAUUCAUCUCUAUCUUCCUUUUCCAACUUAAACUUGCACCAUUUCUGUAAUUGCUUUGAUGGGUUUUCUGGAUUUUUGCUCUAAUCUCUGUGGUUGGCAGCAGCUUCAUGAUCAUCAUCAUCUUGAUACCAGGAAAAUCAGAAGCAGGCAAUUGAAGACAGUAGAGAUCAAAGUGAAAAUAGACUGCGAAGGAUGCGAAAGAAAAGUGAGGAAAUCAGUGGAAGGAAUGAAAGGAGUGACCAAUGUGGAAAUAGACCCCAAGCAAAGCAAGCUCACUGUAACCGGAUAUGUCGAUCCAAACAAGGUAUUGCGACGUGUCAGAUAUCGAACGGGUAAGAGGGCUGAUCUGUGGCCGUACAUUCCAUACGACGUAGUUCCACAUCCUUAUGCGCCGGGAGCUUAUGAUAAGAGGGCUCCACCUGGGUACGUGCGGAAUGCGCUGGAUGAUCCUCAGGUUGCUCCUCUCGCACGUGCCACUUCUUUUGAAGUGAAGACUACUACUGCUUUUAGCGAUGAUAACCCAAAUGCUUGUGUAGUUAUGUAAAUUUCUUAGCAUAGCAUAAUGAUGCUUUCAGAAUUGUUUAUUUUGAAGAUAUGUUUGUAAAAUUAAAAUGAUCAUGUACAGUGUUUUCUUUAAUGGUAGCAGAUGGCGUUGUCCA